GUGGCUGCGGAACCGUUUUCUCGAGGAAGGAUAGCUUUGUAACUCACCGAGCCUUCUGCGAAGCUCUGGCGCAUGAAGAGAGCUACAUGGCUAAUAAUAGUCUGGCAGCCAUGGUUCCCCAAGACCUAUCCUCCUCUGAUCUGAGAUCUCUCUCCCACAUGCAUUUCAGCAAUGAAAAUUUAAUCUUUUCUAACCCACAGAUUUCUUCUGGAGACUCCUCAUUCAUGUCUGCUUCUGCGUUGCUGCAACGGGCAGCAGAUAUGUCGGGAAGCAGCCUCAGUGAUGAAUCACUCUGUCCAUUAUUUCUGGGAGCUGAGAUGGGGGAGAGGAGGAGUGGAGGGAUGACGAAGGAUUUCUUAGGGUUGGGUGAUUCUGGGUGUCCAGGUGGGAGGAGUUCUGGGAAUGGGGGCUACUUCGAGAAUGAGUUUUAUUCAUGCCAGCAAAUGAGUCAUGGGUGGACGCCAUUUGAGAAGGACAUGUGGCACUGA